AUGAACGCUUUCGUUGUGGUCCUUGCCGCCCUUGUGGCCUGCGCCUCCGCCGGGGGCCUCGGCCUUGGUGGCCUCGGCGGCCUCGGCGGCCUCGGUGGCCUCGGUGGCCUCGGCCACGGCUUGGGCGGUCUCGGCGGUGGCCUAGGCGGUCUCGGUCUCGGCGGCCUGGGCCUGGGCGGAGGUAUCCUGAAGACCGGCACUGCCUACGGUGCCCUGUCUGCCCACCCAGUGGCCACCCUCGGCGUCCUCAAGCAGCCUGUGGUCAACUACGGUCUGCUUGCCAAGCCCGUCGUCAACUACGUGGCCCAGCCUUUCGCCAGUGUGUCCCACGUUUCCAAGCCUUUCGUGAGCUACCACGGCGGUCUUGGUGGUCUGGGUGGCCUCGGUGGUCUGGGUGGUCUCGGCGGUCUCCGCGGUCUUGGCGGUCUCGGCGGCCUUGGUGGUCUCGGCGGUCUUGGUGGCAAGCUCUGGUAA